UAUGAGUCUGUAUUUGUUUAACCUUUGAUUUUUUCAUCUCAUUUACAGUAAAAGUGCGAAUCUGUAAAAAAAACUGGGUCCUAGUCAAAGCAUCUGAGGUAAUUGGUCAAUGUAGUUGCAGCGAUGCCUUCACGGCGAUCUGGUGGGGUCGGCACCACACGACGCAAACAUUCGCUCGGAAAUUUGCGUCGUGCACAUCCAGCUUCAGGUGCCACUUGGAAUGUGCAGGUUGUGCGAGGUAAAAUGUCAUCGAAAUGUCUUUGGCAUGCAUGUCGUGCACUGAUACUGGGACUGACAUUGAUGUUGUUAGGUGCGGGUAUGGCGACACUAGGCUACUAUGCUGAUCAUUUGUCAAUGGGUUCGGAAAUUCGUGGAAAUGCUACGAUUCGUGUAAAGAAUGAUCUAAAAGGAUUUCAUCUUAACAAUUUUUCUUAUGUGGGUCCUAUCGUUAUGGGUUUUGGCGGAUUUAUUGUAGUCGCUUCAUGUGUGAUGACAUUUGAAGCACGAGAUUCUGCUGCGAAAGUGGUACCAGCUCGCUUUCGCGCUGGAGGAAGUAGUAAAACGACUGUAAGAAGCAAUCAAAGUAGUUCGGCCUCAACACGUAGAGCAAUGGGCCUUCAAAUGCAAUCUUCGCGCUGGGAUCAUCAUUUUGGUGUCUUCCGAUCAUCACCAGCUGACCCAAAACCAUCACAGACGACACCAUUUGAUCGUGAUGCUCUCACAGCAGAACUCAUCAAAUUCUCCAAAUCACUCAGUGCAUCUGCUCGCUUUUCUCCACAACUACGACGCCUCACCUACACUGGUUCUGUGCCAAAUCUCUCCACUCACACAUCUCAUCCACUUGUUUAUUCUACUAAUAUAUCACAUUUGCUUUCACCGAAUCACAAAUCUAUGCUGCUGGAACAUAAACGUCAUCGACAUCAUCGUCAUCACCAUCGACAUCAUCACAUACAUACAAACAGUAGUGGUCGCCAUAUCAAAAAUCGUGGUACUCGCAUUAGUAAUAGUUUAGUACAAAGAACAACAAGAGAAAAUGCCGUUUGUGCAUUACUCCAACCACCAGCGAAUCGUCUUUACUGGCAUGCCUCAUCAUUUGAUGAGAGCGGACGUACUGAAAAGCAAUUAGUACGUAACACAGAACGUAACAGACGUUCAGAUACAGCCAAGAGACAUGUUCUGGCGCGUCAAAAACCAAUUGAGCAUGAAGAAGAUAAAAACAGCCCAUUAGGAAAUAGAAGAAGUUCAACCAUGUCAGACUCUUCAUAUAGCGGCCGCUGGACGGUGCGCUGCGCCUCAAUUGCAAGUCAUGCCUCAAGUAUUGAUUCAAGACGAGUGCAAGUAGAUUUACAUAGUCCGGAAGUUGUUCCAAAAUCUAUCUUACGCUCUCCUAAGCGUUAUAAUUCUGGCCCUUCUACAACACCAUCAGUGGAAAAAGAAUUUAGAAGUCAACUGUCCGUGUGCUCAGAGCCGCCAGCAGCCAUACGACAGCUGUCUGGGCAAUCAAGUUUAGAACCUUGCUUUCCCGAAGAAACUACAGAGUUUUAUGAUGAUAAACUUUCAACCACUAGUGAUGUGGAAAUAGCUACAACUCAAAUGCCACAAACACCCCAUACUGAUGAUAAUACCACAAAAGCAAGCAUUUUAAAGAAGCCGCGACCUGAUACCUUACCGCUUCAUGCGGGCGCUGCAAUACUUCAAUUCACAAAAUCCUUUAAUGAAAGCAACAAACUAUUGCAACGUAGUAGUUCUUCCCGUACUUUCUAUAGACCUAAACCACAUAUACCUAAAGAAUUGGAUGAUUCCAUAUUCUAUAUACGUUCCACGGGUGAACGGGAAAUGAUCAAUAACAACGACUUAUAUGAUUUGAUCAACGAACGAAGGAGCACGCUGCUCAAAACGGACAGUGAAGCUGCUCUAAAUGAACGAAAACUUAGCUCAUUUUCGCUCAUGCAGGAAAUACCAGAACAAAAGGGCACGUCAGUCGAAAUUGAAGAAUAUGAAGUAGUGCAGCUGGAAACUAGAUCAGAAAGCGAAAGGCUUGAAUGCAAAGGUGAGCAAAACGAAACUACAUUACAAAUAGAAGAAGCAGAUACUAAUGGCACUGCAAAUGCAAUUUAAAAUUAGUACCUAUAUUUGUUUGAAUGCCAGAUAACUUAUGAGAUAUGAAAUACUACAUUGUCUAAUAAUUAAUUUAGCAACUAAAAGGUUAUAGCGUAAAGUUAUGAUAAGCGUUAACGGCAUAAGAUACUUGUGUACCAGAGUUUAUUUUAUAGUAGCAAUUAGGGUGUUUAAGCGUAGUCUCGCGUGUGUAGUAGAGUUAUGUUACGUGAUUAUCUACGAGUUUACUAUAUAUUUUAUAAAAGAAACGAUUCAUUUUAUUUUGUAGAAU